AUGCAGCCUCUCAAGGAUGCCCAGCUGGGCGCUUUCACCUUCUUCGCGUCAGCGCUCCCCCAUGACGUGUGCGGCAGCAACGGCCUCCCCCUCACCCCCAACUCCAUCAAAAUCCUGGGACGUUUUCAGAUCCUGAAGACUCUCACCCAUCCCAGACUCUGCCAGUAUGUGGACAUUUCCAGAGGAAAACAUGAACGUCUCAUCGUUGUUGCUGAACACUAUGAGAGAAGUCUCAGUGAUUUCCAAAGACAGGGAAACAACGUCAGCCCAGAGAGAGUUCUACAAAUCGCCUACGAGGUCCUGGAGGGCCUGGCCUUCAUGAAUAAACAUGGUAUGGUGCACAGGGCCCUUAAUCUGAACAAUGUGCUUCUGGAUUGCAAGGGCAACGUCAAGCUGGCUAAGUUUGGCCUCUAUCACAUGACUGAUCAUGGUGCCGACGUGGACUUUCCAAUUGGGUACCCAUCAUACCUUGCUCCAGAAGUGAUCGCACAGGGCUCCUUUCACCCCAGCGACCCCUGUCACGAUGAAGCUCCACGGCCCUCCGGACCCAAAACUGACGUGUGGUCCCUUGGCGUCCUGCUUUUUGAACUGUGUGCUGGUCGAAGCUUGCUGCACAACAUUGAAAUCAGUGAGAGGCUGAAGUUUAUUCUAACUCUGGGGUGCAUGGACGACAUUGUGACGGUCCUCGCUGAAGAACACGGCUGCCUGGAAGUUAUUAAGAAGCUGCCCGAGACUGUUUUAGAGCUGCUGCGGAAAUGCUUGACCUUCCUUCCUUCCAAACGCCCGAGCCCUGCCGAGCUGUUGCAGGACGCCGUGUUCGAUGGCGUGUCGUGCCUCUACACGCCCUACCGGAAGCCUGUGAGUCUCUUCUCGUCUUCCCUACGCUGUGCACAUCUGGAGCUCCCCGAGGACAUCGGCGACCUUUGCAAAGAUGACGACGGCGACUACCUCUCCGAGCGGGCCAUCAAUGAGGUGUACCACUUGUGGUGCAUUGCAGGGGGCGACCUUGAGAAAGAGCUGACUAACAAGGAGAUCAUCCAGUCCAAACCUCCCAUCUGCACACUGCCCAAUUUUAUCCUGGAAGAUGGAGAGUCAUUCGGACAGGGCAGGGAUCGCAGUUUCCUGCUGGACAACACCACGGUGACGCUUUCUCUGUGCCAGCUCAGAAAUAGACUGAAGGACGUCGCAGGCGAAGCCUAUUUCCCUCUGCUAGAGGACGGACGUUCAAGUCUGACCCAGUCCAACAGCGCCAACGAGCUGUCGGCCACUGUCAAGCUGCCGCUCAUCAUCCGCGAGAGAGACACGGAAUACCAACUCAUGCGCGUCAUCCUGUUUGACAGGCUGCUCAAGGCCUAUCCUUACAAGAAGAACUUGGUGUACAAGGAGGCCAGGGUUGACAUUCCACCACUUGUACGUGGAUUAGCCUGGGCUGCACUGCUUGGUAUUCAGGGGGACAUUCAGGCCAAGUACGAAAGCAUUGACAAGGACACGCCCAUUCCAACGGACAGACAGAUCGAGGUGGACAUCCCACGCUGCCACCAGUACGACGAGCUGCUGUCCUCACCGCAGGGUCACGCCAAGUUCAGGAGGGUCUUGAAAGCCUGGGUGGUCUCCCAUCCUGAUCUGGUCUACUGGCAGGGUUUGGAUUCACUUUGCGCCCCAUUUCUUUACUUAAAUUUUAACAACGAGGCAUUGGCAUACGCUUGCAUGUCCGCCUUCAUUCCAAAAUACCUCUACAACUUUUUCCUGAAAGACAACUCACACGUCAUCCAAGAGUACCUGACUGUUUUCUCGCAAAUGAUUGCCUUCCACGACCCCGAGCUUAGCAACCACCUCAACGACAUCGGCUUCAUCCCUGACCUUUAUGCAAUUCCUUGGUUCCUGACCAUGUUCACACAUGUGUUCCCACUGCAUAAGAUCUUCCACCUGUGGGACACUUUGCUGCUGGGGAACUCGUCGUUCCCACUAUGUAUCGGCAUUGCCAUAUUGCAGCAGCUCAGGGACCGCCUUCUUGCCAACGGCUUCAACGAGUGCAUCCUGCUCUUCUCUGACCUGCCAGAAAUUGACAUCGAACGCUGUGUCCGUGAAUCCGUCCACCUCUUCUUCUGGACACCUAAAAGUGCCACUUUCAGACAGCAUGCGCAGCCACCGAAGGUCUCUGCUGAUAACGGCUUUGGAAAAAACGCAACGUACUACUCGUCCGACCACCAAGAUUUCCACAAGACGGACCUAUCUCGGGAGCCGCUUGUGCUUUUGGACCUGAAAGCCGAGGUGGCCCCUCGCAUCUCGGCAGAGGACUUCAUCAGCCUUUGCGAGAUGUCAUACGCUGCAAAUAACCACGCCAAAGCCAGCAGGCCGACAGUUAUUGCUGUUGACAUUCGCAGUGCAGAGGACUUCAACAGAGGCCACAUGUCCGGCAGCAUCAACAUUCCAUUCAGCACAACGUUCGGCGCCGAUGACGAAGUGCUGCAGUGCCCAGCAUCGGGAACCCUGCAGACCUACAGAGGACGGAUUGUCGUCAUCAUUGGCCAUGCUGUGAAAAUCGCUUCUGUUUUUGCUGCACACCUUGUGAAGGUGAAAUUCCCACGGGUUUGCAUACUGGAUGGAGGCAUCAACAAGCUGAAACCCACAGGACUCCUGACCGUCCCUUCCCCUCAAAUAUGA